UAUAGCAUAAUAGUAUUGAAGAUGAGUUUUUAGAUUUUUUAUUCAAAUUUUGAAUAUAAAUAAUAAAAUGGGUAAGGGUAAGAUUCUCAUAAACUCCACGAUUUUAUUAUUAUCUCCGAGAUAAAGGUCUCAGUACUGAACUCAUACUUCUGAUGGGUAAAGGCGGGGGCUGUGUCCCGAGCAAGAAGAAACCGUCGUCGAUAGCCGCUGAUGACUCUCCGACCAACGCCCCGCUGCUCCCAAUCGACAACAACGCGGCCGAAAACGCCGCCGCGCAAACCACGUCUCCCCCGUCCAUCUCCAAGCUGAAAAUCCUCAUCGUGUUCUACUCGAUGUACGGCCACGUGGAGGGGCUGGCGCGGCGGAUGAAGAAGGGCGUGGACGGCGUCGAGGGGGUGGAGGCGGCGCUGCUCCGGGUGCCCGAGACGCUGCCGCCGGACGCCUUGGAGCAGAUGAGGGCGCCGCCCAAGGACGACGGGAUACCGGAGAUCUCGUCGGCGGCGGAGCUGACAGCGGCCGACGGGGUUCUCUUUGGGUUCCCGACGAGGUACGGGUGCAUGGCGGCGCAGAUGAAGGCGUUUUUUGACUCGACGGGGCAGCUGUGGAAGGAGCAGAAGCUGGCAGGGAAGCCGGCGGGGUUUUUCGUUAGUACUGGGACUCAGGGAGGCGGCCAAGAAACCACUGCUUGGACAGCAAUCACGCAGUUAGCUCACCACGGAAUGCUAUUUGUUCCGAUUGGGUACACCUUCGGACCUGGAAUGUUCAAGAUGGAUUCCAUCAGAGGGGGCUCUCCAUAUGGAGCUGGAGUUUUUGCUGGGGACGGCACAAGAGGACCAAGUGACACAGAGCUGGCACUUGCGGAGCAUCAGGGCGAGUACAUGGCUGCCAUAGUCAAGAGGUUAGCUCAGAAUUGAACGGGUACUACUGAUUUCGGCAUUUUUCUGUCCAUCCAAACACACACGUGAUUCUUUUUCUUUUACCCAUCCGAAUAUGUUUGUUUGUUCGUUCUGAGGCUGGUUUUUCCAUGCCCACUUGUGGUUGGACGAUGCCUUUAUAGUAGUGUUGUCAUACUUUUGUGCAUCUCUUCGUUUGUUGUGUCCUUUUUUCCCCUCCCGAAAAAAUGCUGUACAUGUUGGAAAUUCUUGUGCUGGAUUUUGCUGUUAAUAAUAGUCAAUCCUGUUGCAUGCCUUCUCUUUA